AUGGAGCCAGGCUACGAAACGACAUUGUUCACCGAUCCAAAGGAGAGAGUCUACUUCGAUUUUUGGCAGCAACUAGUCACCAAUAUCUACCUGUUCCCGAACGACGUCAUGCAGCGAGUCGUUCCGCAGCUCGCACGUCAGGAGCCGGCCAUCAAACAUGCUGCUCUUGCAAUGGCUGGGAUGGCCCGAUCUCAUGUCCCGUCAUAUGCGCCUCGGUCCACAACAGAGGCUCCUACCGACAACCCGCAUUACGAGUUCGCGUUGCAACACUAUGCCCGCGCCAUCAAGCUUCUUCGCAGCUCUCAGCCAUCGAGCGAAAACAUGCUUUGGGCCAUCGUGUGUUGCGUGUUGUUCGUCACAUUUGAAUGCCUCCAUGGAGAUCGCACUGCGGCUUUGUCGCAUGUCGAUCAUGCCUACAAGAUGAUGGAAACAUACUUCAGCCAGAGAUCGCUGGUUGAAGACGGUCGAGUGACAGACUCUAUCCGCACGGUAUGUGACGAUGCUGCAUGGGUGUUUCAGGGUUUGACGAUGCAACCGUGGUCGCAUAACGUGUUUCAUUCCAAAGAUCUUUCUCGAAUCAGUUGGUGUUGUCGCGGCAAGAAGGCUGCGUUCGCUGUUGAUGAGAUGCCCCCCAGAUUUACAGACAUGCAAAUGGCUCGUCGAUGGUGGAGAGUUGUACAGCACCAUACAUGCCACAGAUGUCCUAUCUAUACGGAGAUCUACGUCGAAGGUAUUUCCGAUGACAUGCUCUUAGACAGCUACGUACGACCAGCCUUCUCGCCGACCCACAUUGAGAAACUGGCGGCUCUCCGUCCGGAAUUCCUGAACCGUCUUCGAAGAUGGAACACCGCCUUCCAAGCCUUAUACGACGGACUGCGGUCACGCCAGCACCUCCAAAAAGCUGACUACUUGGUAUACAUUGAUGCUUGCAACUUGCGCUUGCAAUAUCUCACUCUCUGGAACGAAGUCUCUACUUUGAGUUACCAAGACAUUCGAAUGACUAUCAUCUCAACACCGUCUUUUCGGGAGAUGGUGCAACUGAGUCGAACUAUUCUGGAGGGUCAGUCAAAUGGCGUUGAUGGCGGCAAUACCUUCAGUAUGGACAACGGGCCUACGUGGCCACUUCUAGCUACCGCUUGCCGAUGUCGGGAUGCCAGCAUCAGACUAGAGGCGACUGAGUUACUGGGCAAACAUCACCGCCGCGAUGGCUUGUGGGAUAGUAUAAUAUGCCACGGCGUCGCGAGAAGGAACAUGGCAAUAGAAAUAGAGAACGCCAUGACGGGAGACGAAGAUGAACAGUGGUCACGCAUGUCGAGACGAGAGUUACGCUUCAGUCAAAAUGGAAAGGUGUCUGGCAAACUAUUCAAAUGGGAUCCUCGUCGUGGCAAAUGGCUGCACGUUGAAGAGCCUCUGGAUAUGACCCUAAUUGCUAAGCUGAGCUGA